AUGAUGCCACCUCGAACUGUGCUUGUUACCGGCGCCAAUGGCUACAUCGGAAAUGCUGUAGCACGCGCAUUCUCUCGCGCUGGCUGGAUCACAUAUGGACUUGUUCGCUCGGAGAAUGCCAGUCGAUCUCUAGAGCUUGAAGAAGUCCUACCGGUGAUAGGCAAAAUUGACGACGUUGAAUCGCAUCAGUCCAUUGUCCAGCAAUUGCCUGCAACAGUCAAUGCUAUCGUUUCUACAACGGAGAGCUUCGACAACUAUACCAACCAUUUCAACAACACCGUGAGCCUUCUCCGGACCAUCUCCCUCGCAAGCAAGGCGAAUGGCAUACGUCCCCUGGUCAUCAUAUCCUCGGGCUGCAAAGACUACGGCAUCGGCCCGCAUUACGAUGGCGCCAGUGACUUACAGCCACAUACCGAAGAAAGCCCUCUCAAUCCCCCCGAACUCCUCUCCAUUCGUACUCGAUCAUCGUUAGAAAUCUUCCAGCACAAGGAUGCCUUUGCGCCCGUGGUGGUGCGUCCAACCAAUGUUUUCGGCCGGUCUGCCAGUUAUUACCGGGGUUUCUUCGAGGUUGCAGCCCGUUACAGCAAGCUCAAUCAGCCCUUAGUCCUCCCAGUGCCUCCCAGUUCCAUCUGCCAUGCUCUUCAUGUGGAUGACUGCGGUGAUGCCUACGCCGCACUCGCAAGCCAUCCGCGGCCUGGAGAGGUAGAAGGACAAGUCUUCAAUAUUUCCGCUCGGAGGUACGAGACGGUGGAUGAAAUUGCAAAAGCUCUCCUAGCCGAAUACGAUAUCUCAAGUGGAUUGAAAUACGUCGAGCCUAAUGCUUUACCGCAAUCGGAGAAUCCCUGGCCACCUGCUCUCAUUGACUUUCCUCAGUGGACUUCGUCGGAAAAGUUGCGCAAAGUCACCGGCUGGAGUGACGUGCGGCCAUUAUUUUCAGAGGCUCUACAUUUGUAUCGCUUGUCCUACGAGGCAGCGUCAGCUGGCGGGCAUGAAAAUAUUCAGAAGAUAGCGGAAAGAGAGAAGCUGUUCAAGGAGAAAUAUCGAGCUUGA